GUGGCAGCACGUACAGCAGUAGUCAUUCGGUUUUUUGACUUGCAAGAUGGAAAUAGGUGUAUUUAUGCUGUUGUUCAAAUUCAUAGAUCGCUUUAUAUAUCUUCUCAAAGAAACUACCGGUAGUUCGAAAACUUAUCAUCAUAUUUCUGUCAUAAUGCUUUGUUGACAACGCCAACCACCUGGUGCUCCGGGUAAUUCAGCCAAUCAGCGGUUGCCGCUGACGGAAACUCAGGAAACCAGGACCGUCAUGGGGCCUCACGGCAUCAACCGGGCCAUCGAGAGACUGGAGUUCUGCGACUGUAAGAAAGGACUGGGGGUGAAGAUCAUCGGUGGCUACAGAGAGCAGACACGUGAGGAGUUUGGGAUCUUCAUCAAGCGGGUAUUACCGGGAGGGCUGGCUGCUCAGGAUGGGAGGCUUAGAACGGGCGACCUCAUUUUGGAAGUAAAUAAUAUGAGUUUAGGAGGAGUAACCAACGAGAGGGCGGUGGAUAUCCUCCGGUCAGCGUCAGCCUCCAAUCACAUGUCUCUGAUGGUUGCCAGGGAUGAUGAAAGCAGGCGGGAGUUCAUUGAGUUGAUGAAUAAGUAUGGCUCCCACAGCAGUUUUAAAGGAAGCUCAGGGAGGGUCUCCCCUACACAGCUCUCUACAGGAGGCAAGACAGACUCCUCCUCCUCCUCCUCCAGAUCUACCAGUCCCACCAGCCAGCUCCUCAGUCCUAAAGAGGGGGUCACAGGACCACCCUAUACCACUGGGCCCCCCUAUACGUCAAACCCCAACACAGCCCCUACACAGCCCGUCUUCAAUGACAUCAUUCAGUUGAUAUGCAUCUCAAAAGGAACAGGCCUGGGCCUCAUCAUCAAGGGCGGAGCUAACCGAGCCGAGGGACCAAUGGUGUUGAUUCAGGAAAUAGUGCCUGGAGGAGACUGCCAGAGGGACGGUAGACUACAGCCAGGAGACCAGCUGGUGUCGAUUAAUAAGGAGUCGUUAAUCGGAGUGACUUAUGAGGAGGCUAGAAGUAUCCUGACACGCACCAAACUCAGACCAGACCCUACGGUGGAGAUAGCGUUUAUGAGACACAGGACUUCCACCAGUUCUGCUUCCUCCAGCAGUGGCCCCCAGAGUCCUUUCACCGCACAGGGCGCAGCCAGUGGAGCCUCCUCAGUGCCCCCCACCAGGAGAGGGACCCUGGCUGUGCUGGGGGCCCUGCCUCCCCCUCGGUCACUGCUCCAGCACAGGAGAACCACGCUCCCUGCAGCCCUCCCUGGAGCUCCCCUGGUGGUGCCCAAGAUCACCUCCACCCUCAACCCCACCAGCGAGACCCUGCCUUCUGUCAACCUCAGCCAGGUGCGAAUGAGGACAGAACAGACGUGCGUCUCCUCCCCUCCUCAGAGUCCCAGCACCACAGACGCCAAGCCUGAAUCCUCCCCUGUAUGGCAGCCAGUCAGCAGUCACGUACCACAAAGGAAGUGCUCCCUCAGCUCCAUCUGUCGCCUCAAACUGGAGAGGCUGGAGCAGGCUCUGGAUGCAUUGGGACUGAAUCCUACAGAGGCACAGAGACAGACGUUGAGGGCCAGACUACAAACAGACCCUGCUGGGACAGUGGCCUACGCAGUGGCCUACGCAGUGGCCUACGCAGUGGCCUGCGCAGACUUUGAGACGCUGACGCGGGAGCUGUUCAAGCUACAGUUUGAGGAGUCAGAGGUGGGAGGUCAGAGGUUAAAGUUUGUGUCAGAAGACCUCUCCAGCCUCCUAGAGUCACCCACCAAUACACAGACUUCACUGUCUGACUCUGAUGACCUAGAGGAGAUGGAGAGACUGAGGAAAGACCACAUCGAGGCUCUGAGAGAGAUCAAGAAACUACAGGAGGUCAAGUCUGGAGUUGAGGAGAGCCGUGCACUGCGGAGCCGGAUCCACCUGUCUAAGGCAGCCCAGAAGCAGGCCAGAGGGAUGGAGAUGGAUUAUGAGGAGGUGAUCCAUCUCCUAGAGGCUGAGAUAGCUGAGCUCCAGACCCAGAGGACAGAGCAGCCCGGCCAGUCCAGCCAGGUGCAGGAUGAGACAGAGGAGCUGAAGAAGAGAGUGGCCGUUCUGGAGUGUCAACUAAGGAAGAACGAGGAGGCCAAAAAGGGCGUUGAGGUGUCCAUGGGUAAACUGCUCAACUUCGUGGAGAAUGUCCAAGACUUCCUCAUUGAAAAUCAAGGACCUGUGAAGAGCUACGGCUCCGGUGACAUGAAGGCUGGAUCCUCCUCUCAGCCCCUGGGAGCCCGGGUGGGGAAGAAGUCCCAGUGGACGGCCGCCACACUAACCGCGGAGGCUAAAGAACUCACACGGACUGUUAGCGCCAUUCUGGAGGUGGAGUGUAAGUGAUCUAUCAUCUCGACUCGCUGCAUGCCUGCAUGUCGUCUCUAUCCCUGGUCUAGCAUGCAAAUCCAAUCAGCUCAACAGACACCGAAUCACCUCCAUAGUUCUGAAACCAACCAAAAACCAACUGGAUAACAGACACCAAACCAACCAAAUUAUAUCCAUAGCUACUAAGCUAACCAAAAUCAACCAGCUCAACAGACCUCAAACAAUCUAGUUACUAAGCCAACCAAAACCAACCGGAUAACAGACACCAAGCCAUCUUUAUAGUUACUAUACACAUUUCAAUGGCCAUCUUUUAGUGGAGCGGCCUGUAAGAAAAUGAUGGACAUCCUUGCACUUAAGUAUCAGACAACAGAAUGAGACCGUAAAGCAGCUAAGCAACUUCGAGAUGUUCAGUCUCUGUGUCCAGUGGAGUUGAAUGAACCAGAGACUAAUUGUUCCGUCCAUAGUUACUCAAGUUUUCUCUGUAGUCAUCGUCUAGUGGACGGACAGAAUGAUCUUUCAUUCAACAUGAAAUGUAGUGUUGAUGAUGUUCGCAAUGUUCGACUUCCUAUAGAUUUGUGUUUUGAAUCAAAUAAUUGUUUUCAGAAUUGUACCAGUGUAUCUAGAAAUGUACAAUAAGACCUCAGUCAAUACAAAAACAUCAGCAUACAUGCACCUGAUCAAGUCAGUCGCUAACCAGACUGUAGCCCUGAAUGUUGUGGGAUGGGAUGCAGCCAAGUACAUCAAAAAGGGAAAAACUUUCCACAUCGGGACAUAAAAACUUCACGGGGAACGAAGAAAGAAGCGAAGAAGAUGAUUGAGAUGAAAAGGGGUUAGAUACUGAUGUCGUCAUUACUAACAAGAUUCUUCAGGAAUUACAAUAUACAGCACCUGGACCAGGAGCCAUAUGGGAGCAAACUGUUUCGGAUUGUUCAAUUCAGUUCUAAUCCAGCAUUGGUGUCAGGUUGUGAGCAGGGUGAGAAGUAGAGCCAUAUAUUAAGAGACUACGGCCAGGUUUCAGAAUGGACCUUUAUUCUUUAUUCUUGAAAUGUUGGCGACGUAACAAUACGAGAGCUCCUCCGAUAGUUCCCUCUGAAAUGACCCGAAUAAAACAAGCAAAACAGAGCAGCGAAUUUAAGACAUUUUUACUGAUUACCAUUCGGAACCAUGUGUAUCCAAGUCGGUAUUGUGAUGUCAACAAAUUGCAUAUCUGCUUUCACUGGACAUCUUCAUAGUUUUCAAAACCUAAACAGCACAAUGCGUAACCAUAAAUCAUCACUUAGCAACGGCUAUGGAGGAGAAAGUGGCGCUUUCGGAAUGUUCAGACAGAAACCACAUUGGCCCAACUCUCUGUAUCGAUGCCUCUGGUGAGAAGUAAUGACCUCCGAGGUCACCGUCUCCUGUCUCUAGUUUAACCUUGUCUGAUCCAACGACACUUUCUCCUGACCCCUGACCCCUCUUGACCUUUCCCAGUCAGAGGUGAAGCAGCCAAUCAACCAGGUGAUCUAACUCUCACCCAUAGAGAUAGAUAGAGGACUAGUGCCCAAAAUUCUGUUUUAGCAUGGGCAGCGCCAUUGAGGACAUAACCAUUUUGAAGUAGUCAACUGGGUGGGACUUCCUAUGGGUUGAGGAAGGAUCACAUAAUUCCAUCCAGUUCAUCAGGAGGGAUCAGCCAAUGAAUUAUACCCGUGAGAAAACAAUUUACUUCAGUUUGUUUACCAACUCAUAGACGUAGUAGUAGAAGAAAAAUGGAGAUGGCCUCUAUGGGGCUGCCCAUGCUCUCAUAGACGCCAUAAUGAGACAGAUACAAUGUUUGGUACUCUAACUAUCUCUAUGCUCUCACCUGAAGCGGACGUGUCAUUGUGACUCUGGGGUGUGUCAACUCAGCCCUAUGGGCCCUGGUCAAAAGUAGUGCACUAAAUUAGGGAAUAGGGUGCCAUUUUGGGAUGUAGCCUUUCUCUCUUUCUGUUUUCAUUUCUGGUAAUCAUAGAUGAAUGUCAGAUAUAAAAUUUUUAAAAAAGGUACUGUCCUUGAUAAUAUGAGUCAGUGUUGGAGAACCAGAAAAUAUAUGGUAGGAUUAGAGAACUAGAAAAUGUAUGGUAGGAUUAGAGAACUAGAAAAGGUAUGGUACUGUAGGAUGACAGGAGAACUAGAAAAGGUAUGAUAGGAUUAGAGAACUAGAAAAGGUAUGGUACUGUAGGAUGACAGGAGAACUAGAAAAGGUAUGAUAGGAUUAGAGAACUAGAAAAGGUAUGGUACUGUAGGAUGACAGGAGAACUAGAAAAGGUAUGAUAGGAUUAGAGGAGAACUAGAAAAGGUAUGGUACUGUAGGAUGACAGGAGAACUAGAAAAGGUAUGAUAGGAUUAGAGGAGAACUAGAAAAGGUAUGGUACUGUAGGAUGACAGGAGAACUAGAAAAGGUAUGAUAGGAUUAGAGGAGAACUAGAAAAGGUAUGGUACUGUAGGAUGACAGGAGAACUAGAAAAGGUAUGGUACUGUAGGAUUAAAGGCUGCCAGACUGUUACUUGACACUUCUGCCAUUCAAAAUAAAAGAAGAUCUGCUGCCAUCUGAGGCUGGUAAUAAUAUCAAGUGAUUCUGUGAAGCAAAAGAAGGUCCUAUGAAUGUUCUGUGAGAGGACGGAAGUCCUUUCUGGUUUUUGAUGACUUCUAAGAGAACAUUGGAUCAUUUGGAAAAUAUAUUGUGUUCAUUGGUGUGUUAUGUAAGCUUGUGUGUUAAGGAGGGGUAGAUAAGUAGGUCAAUCGAAUAUCAGGCGACCCAAAGUGUUAGUUAGAAAAAUGUAUUAAAGUGUCCCUCCACAAUGAUAGUAUAGUUGACAAUACAAAAUACCCAUUGUAAUAACCACACUGUGGACCACUCAGUUUAAGACACUGAAAGCGGUCAUAGUCAAACAUGGUACAGUAUUUUAAUUUGCUCAUCUAUAAUACAUAAUACUAUCUAUACAUUAUUGGUAUCAUUAUUAUACAUUAGGUCAUCUGUACACAUGUAUACAUAAACAAAAACAAAAGUACGGUAGAUUACAGGACAUAUAGGCACAUAUAAAGAAACGUCUCCAUUUAUUAUUUCCAUCCGUUCAGUUGACGAAAAGGAUGAGCCUAUACCCCGUAGUACAGCAAGGAUCAAGAUUCUCAAUGGAUCUAGCAUUACAAAAACAACAGAUGUUUAUCUAAGGGAGUGUGUGUGUGUGUGUGUGUGUGUGUGUGUGUGUGUGUGUGUGUGUGUGUGUGUGUGUGUGUGUGUGUGUGUGUGUGUGUGUACUUUAGAAAUUCUCCUCUCCCCAGAUCCCAUCUUAGUCAUUUUCACUGGGUUCAGUGUUGCUUGGUUGUGUACUGCUGAGGAAAACCAUCUUACCUUACAUUUCGACCAGAUGAUCUUUCUGAGUGGACACACACACACACAUUUUGGGUCACUAAUAUUGGAUUGACCUACUUACCUACCCCUUCUCAACACACACACACAACCUAAUCACACGCUUUUGUUUGCGCAAAGGUUGUAAUUGAAUGGAAUUGGAAUUUAAAGUCCUCAUUCUGUCUAUUCAGUUCUAGGAACCUUUCUUAGACUUGCGUCAUACUUACAUCAAACUGACAUAAUAUAUUAAUAAUAUAUACCAUUUAGCAGACAGCUUUAUCCAAAGCGACUUAGUCAUGUUUGUAUACAUUUUGUACGUAUGGGUGGCCUCAGGAAUCAAACCCACAAUCCUGGUGUUGCAAGCGCUUCACUCUAUACUGCUCAAACUGAACUCUGGACCUCCAAGCCAGUCCCACUGCAUUUUUUCAUUGUUUCUUUCUAAUCAGGGACUGAUUUAGACCUUGACACCAGGUGGGUGCAAUUAAUUAUCAGGUAGAACAGAAAACCAGGAGGCUCCUGACCUCGUAGGGUAAGAGUUGAAUAGCCUUGCUCUAUACCCACUAAAGCAUACAGGACCACAGAACACUUGCUGUCUGCUAUAAAGCGGUGGUUGGGGUUUAGGGUAAUAGCACCCACAGUUAGCCUGAGGUGUCAUAAAACCUAUGUAAACUGUUACAAAUUGAUGUAUGUUUACAGCAAAAUGUUUAGUUAGCUACUGGAAUUCUAUAUAACAGUACACAACUGUAAAGUGCAAUACAUUAUGGGGGCUCAAUGGCGUUCCGCUAUUAGCUACAUAGGUUGGCAAGUAGCCUAGUGCUUAAGAGCGGUGGGCCAGUAACCGAAAGGUCGCUUGUUUGAAUCCCUGAGCCGAUUUGGUGAAAAAUCUGUCUGCCUGUAAGUCGCUCUGGAUAAGAGCGUCUGCUAAAUGACUAACAUGUAAAUGUUGCUAUUCCAAACACAGUGUGCAGGUAGACAUAUCUAACCCCCUCUUUGUUACUAAUCAGUAGGAUUGCAAAAUUCGUGGAACUUUCCAAAAAUUCCCUAGUUUUCCCAAAAUCCUGGUUGGAGGAUUCCCGGAAUCUGGAGGGAAAAAGCAGGAAAUCCAGAAUACUCCAACCAGGUGUUCUGGAAAACCAGGGAAGUUCCUGGAAUUUUACAACCCUACUAAUCAAACACGUAGUCAAUCACAUUGAUUUAGCAUUGUUACAUGUUACAUUUUAUAUUUAUAAUACUGUUAUUCAACCAUUUCCUUUGCUUUAAAAACUGUCAAAAUAAAAUAAAAAUCUGAUCCUGUUAUGUGAAUUUGCCUUAUUCUGAUCAUGACUGAUUAUAUCAAAUCACAAGAAACAACCCUUUCUGAUCACUCCACAGGCUAAAGCAUUCCAAAUAUUUAACCAUUUCAUUUAACAUUUUGAAUUUUUGAAGAUUACAAUAUAUUUGAUAGAAUACCUUUGGUAUUAAAACAUGUUUAACUGCAGAAAUUAUUUUAAUGAUGGUUGUAAAUGUAAAGUGCCUUCAGAAAGUAUUCAUACCCCUUGACUUAUUCCACAUUUUGUUGUUACAGCCUGAAUUCUUAAUGGAUUAAAUA